UUUAAUUUUGAAAAAACAGUAUCCUCUUCCGGUUUGAUGCGUCAUUUACGCGCCUGUGUGAUCUCAGCACAUGCGCCGCUAUGUUUUGAAAAGCCGGGUCAGGGCAGUGUAAGCCCAAAGCAUUUGCUAUGGUUAGCUUCCCAUUUGCAAAGAUUUCUAUACCUUUUUUCAUGAUUCAUCCAAUAUAAGAGCAAAUUAAAUCAUGUCAAAGUCUCUAAAGAAGUCCUGCAGCAAUCAAACCUCCAUUAGCAAGUAUUUCGGAGGUCUGAGCAGCAGCAGUCCCUCAAACACGCAGUCCGGGAUUAACCAAAAUCCUGCUCAUCUUUCGAGAGGCAAGAAGAAACUUCCCUCUGAUAAUGCUUUUGGAUUGCCAACAAAACGAGCCAAGCUUUCUGUACAAGACCAGCAGGUGGGGGGUUUAGACUGUGACCCUGCAUCCUGUCAGAGCACUAAAGAGACAACGCUAACAUCGGGCCGAGGAGCAGCCGGACUCUGCUCCUCCACCUUGGAAAAGCUGAAAGGCUUCACCUGCUUGGCUGAACCCAGUGAUACGGCUAGCAGUGCAAUCUGUGAUAAAGGAACCAUCGAAGCAAGCCAUAAAAACAGUCUUCAGCUGACAGCGGAGGAGCAUGAGGAUGAAGAGGAGGAGGUCAAAGAAAAGGAAAGUUCAAGACUGGCCGCUACAAAACAGGCGGUCCGCUUGUCUCAAUUUGCCAAGUCAGGCGGAGCAGCAGGAGCAGGAAGAGGAAGAGGAAGAAGAAGUGCAGAACAAAGUCCCCCGUUAGACUCAAGCGCACCGUCUGGGCACUCAAAGAGCAUAUACACUCCCCUGGAACAGCAGGUCAUCCAGCUGAAACAGCAGCAUAAGGAUGCGUUGUUGGCUGUGGAGUGUGGUUACAAGUACAGGUUCUUUGGAGAGGAUGCAGAGGUUGCUGCGAAGGAGCUGAAUAUUGUCUGUCACCUGGAUCAUAACUUCAUGACGUGCAGCAUCCCCACACACCGCCUGUUUGUUCAUGUCAGGCGUUUGGUGUCCCACGGACACAAAGUUGGCGUGGUUAAGCAGACAGAGACGUCUGCGAUCAAGGCCUCAGGCGCCAAUAGGAACGCUCUGUUCACUCGUCAGCUGUGUGCUCUGUACACCAAGUCCACUUUGGUGGGAGAGGAUGUGAACCCGGUCUGCAGACUUGGGGAUGUGGAGGAGGGGGGCUGUGGUGACGUGGUGUUGGACCCUCCUGACAGCUUCUUGCUGUGUAUCAGUGAGAGUUGGGAUAAACUGAAGAAGCAGCUCACUGUGGGGCUGGUGGCAGUUCAGCCCAGCACAGGAGACGUAUUACUGGACUGUUUCCCUGAUGGUCAGUCUCGCUCUGAGCUGGAGGCUCGUGUCCUACAGAUUAACCCUGUGGAGAUCCUUGUGCCCUCUGACCUCUCUGAAGAAACCUACAGACUCCUGCAGAGCAUCGCCAAUGCCAGCGCUCAGGCCGAUGACCAAGUGAGAAUCGAGAAGAGGGAAAGCGCUCAGUUUGAGUUUGCCUCUGCAAUGAACACAGCCACUGAGUUCUACUGCCACACCCAGGAGAAAGGCUCUCGCUCUCUGUCGAGUGUAGCGUCCCUGGAGAGCCAAGUGAUCUGCUGUCUGGGGCCGCUCAUCCAGUACCUCCAAGAAUUCAACUUAGAAAGAGUUCUUAGGAGUGAAAGCUCAUUCCGCCGUCUGUCCUGUGAGUCUGAGUUUAUGAUCCUCAGUGCUGCCACCCUCAGGAAUUUGGACAUCCUCAACAAUCAGACAGAUGGUGGUGUGAAAGGCAGUCUGUUGUGGGUGUUGGACCACACUCGUACUCCCUUUGGGAGGAGACUGAUGAGGAAGUGGGUGAGCCAGCCCCUCACUGACCCCCAGUCUAUCUCAGAGAGGCAGGAUGCUGUCCAGGAGAUCCUAGAGUCGCACUCUCUCACAUUAAAUUCCAUCAAAUCCCUGCUGUCGCAUUUGCCUGACCUGGAGAGAGGCAUCUGUAGCAUAUACCACAAAAAGUCUUCCACGCAGGAGUUUUACCUGAUUAGCAGUAGCCUGUCUCGCCUGGGAAACGAACUGCAGGCCUUGCUCCCAGCUAUCCAGUCACAGAUCAGCUCUGCACUGCUCCGAGGCCUCUUUUCUGACACUCCCGACCUGCUGGCUCCAGCCCACAGCCACCUCAAGGUGCUCAAUGAAAAGGCUGCCAAGUCGGGAAACAAGACAGAGCUAUUCUCAGAUCUGUCCGGCUUCCCGGUGCUGCAGGAAAGGAGGGAGCAGAUCCAGACUGUCAUCGACGAGAUUCAAGACCACCGCAAAGACAUCCGAUUGACACUGAUGGCCCCAGCACUCGACUACACAACCGUCUCUGGACAGGAGUUUCUGAUUGAGGUGAAGAACUCGAUGACGUCUGCUGUUCCACCUGACUGGGUCAAAAUCAGCAGCACCAAGGCAGUCAGCAGGUAUCACUCUCCUUUCCUGGCGGAGUGCUACAAGAAGCUGCUGCAGCUCCGAGAGCAGCUUCUACUGGACUGCCAGAGGGAGUGGACCAAUUUUCUUGAUCAGUUUGGGGAGCACUAUCACACCAUAAAAAGGGCUAUUAGUCACCUAGCAACCAUGGACUGUCUCUUUUCAUUGGCUGAGGUGGCUAAACAAGGAGACUACUGCAGGCCAGAGGUGUGUGUAGGUAAGUGUCAGAUUAUGAUCAGGGACGGCAGACAUCCCGCCAUCGAUGUACUGAUGGGAGAGCACAACCAGUAUGUGCCCAAUCGCACUGAACUACAGGGUGAUGGCAAGAGAGCUAUGAUAAUCACUGGUCCUAAUAUGGGGGGUAAGAGCUCCUACAUCCGCCAGGUGGCCCUGAUCUGUGUUAUGGCUCAGAUGGGCUCCUACGUCCCAGCCUCUGAGGCCCGCCUGGGCAUGUUGGACAGCAUUUAUACCAGGAUGGGGGCUACAGACAACAUCUACAAAGGGCGCAGUACGUUCAUGGAAGAGCUGACUGAAGCCUCUGAGAUUAUUUUCCGCGCAACCGAACGUUCAUUGGUCAUCCUUGAUGAACUGGGACGGGGCACAAGCACCCAUGAUGGGAUUGCCAUCGCCCAUGCCACCCUGGAGUACUUCAUCAGAGAUGUGAAAGCCCUCACCCUGUUCGUGACCCAUUAUCCUCCUCUGUGUGAGUUGGAGCAGGUGUAUCCUGAACAUGUGUCUAACUACCACAUGGCUUUCCUACUCAAUGAACCUGACAUCGCCACUGACGCUGAUGACGGAGAAGUUCAGCCAGAGUCCAUCACUUUCCUCUACCAGUUAACUGAAGGUGCUGCAGGGCGAAGCUACGGCCUGAAUGUGGCCCGAUUGGCUGAAAUUCCAGACCGUAUACUACACACUGCUGCACGCAAAGCCCAAGAGAUGGAGAGCAUGGUUAAUGCCAGGAGGAAGAAUAAAAAACUUCUCUCAGAUCUUUGGAGCAUCUCAGACAGAUCAUCUCUCAUGGAGUGGCUGCAGUCAAACUCUUGACAUCGCUGCAGUAGUUGUCACCAUAGAAGACACACAUGAAGAAGAGAGGAUCCAGCUAUCAGUUAAUAAGCAUGUUCAAAAAACAUUAUACUGUACAAGGAAGUAAAUCUUGUUUCCGAAAAAACUCA